AUGAACAACAGCAAUACUGAAAUAGAAAUAUCCCCUCACCUCCUAUCCAAAUACCCCUUCCUUCUUUCCCCCCUCUCCUCCCUCCCCGCCACCCACUACCCCACCUACACGGACUUUGGCGUGGGCGCCUACAUCUUCACCACCAAAUCCCAACUCCAGCAAAAUAAUUCUAAUCCAACCUCAAAGCCACUCCUUCUCCUCCUUCACCGCUCCCCAACAGACAGCUACCCCCUGCACUGGGAAUCCACGGGAGGAGGAGCAGACCCCUCUCUCGACGACACCCUCCUCUCGGCACUAUGUCGCGAGACAGUCGAGGAGACCGGGCUACGGGUAACUAAGAUUGUGGAUUUGGUUGCUGUUGAUGAGUGGAGGAAGGCACUUCCGGGGGGUCAGGGAGAGAAGAAGGUGAUCAAGUGGGGAUUUUUGGUGGAGGUUGAGGAGACUAAUUCAGUGAAGUUGAAUCCGGAGGAGCAUUGUGCGUUCCGCUGGGCGGAUGAGGAUGAAGUUAGGGCUGCUGUCACUGGAAGUGCCACUGAUGGGGAAGGGGGAAUGAAGUUUAUCGGUGAUCAGGGGAGGAAUUUAUUGAGGGCUUUUGAGGUGUAUCGAGAUUGGUAUACUCCAUCAGAAGAUACAUGUUGA